AUGUCAACAACGGUAAUUGAUACAAUUAUUUCAAAUCAAGAUGAUGAAUCAUUGAUAUGGAUUGUGUUUAAAAAAAUGUUAUUUUUUACACUGUUAAUGAUAUUUGCACCAUUGACAUCGUAUUUUGUAUCAAAAGAAUUCAUAUUUGAUGGUUUCUUUAAUAUGUCAGAUCGUAGUAGUUAUAUUUCAUCGGUUAUUGUCACCGUUGUUGUGAUACACGUUAUAUUGAUUGGUUUUCUUGUCGUAGCAUUUCGUGAAGAUAAAUCAGACAAGAAAAAAUUGAACAAAAAAGAUUAA